ACCAAGUUACUCGCCCUGAGGACCGGAGAAUUGAAACUUUUUGACUUUGGGCGAUCGAUAAUGGAGUGGGAGAGUGACGAUAAAGAACUAAAGGCGGCCGGAGCUGAACCUCUGCCGGACGGCCGUCGAGGACUCCGCAUUCACGGUUGGGAUAUCGAGUCUCGCAAGCUUUGCAUUCUCAAUUCUCUUCAUCUUCAACGAUGGGAAAAAGAACUUCAAACGUCUCACUUGCCGGAGAUGGUAUUUGGAGAUAAUUGUUUGGUGCUUAAACAUGUGAAUAGUGGCACAAAGUUUUUUUUCAAUGCAUUCGAUGCUUUAGUUGGUUGGAAACAUGAGGCAUUGCCGCCUGUUGAAGUUCCAGCAGCUGCAAAAUGGAAAUUCAGGAGUAAACCUUUGCAAGAGGUGGUGCUCGACUACGACUAUACUUUCACAACACCUUAUUGUGGAAGUGAAACUGUUGAAAGAAAUGUUGAGUGUGAAAGUGCAAUACCUGAUGAAGGCAGCAGCUGCAUUCCAUGGGAAGACUGUAAGGAGAAAAUUGAUUUGGUUGCAUUAGCAUCUAAAGAACCUAUUCUCUUUUAUGAUGAGAUAAUCUUAUACGAGGAUGAAUUGGCCGAUAAUGGGAUCUCAUUUUUGACUGUUAAAGUGAGAGUCAUGCCUAGUGGUUGGUUCCUAUUGCUGCGUUUCUGGCUUAGAGUUGAUGGAGUGCUUAUGAGACUAAGAGACACUCGUUUGCAUUGUCUAUUUGGGGAGCAUAACAAAUCCGUUAUUCUUCGUGAAAGCUGCUGGAGAGAAACCACAUUUCAGGCCUUGUCUUCGAAAGGAUACCCUUUUGAUUCUGCUGCAUAUAGUGAUCCAAGCAUCAUCGCUGAAAGGCUUCCCAUUGUAAUGCAGAAGACUCAAAAGCUCAAUAUUAUGGUGCCCUGUGCGGCAUCUAAACUGCUGUGUCGGAGCAACUUAGGUAUUUCCUAGUUCGUAGAGUUAUACUACUACUUAUUAUUUCUUUUGCUUAAGUUAUCUUAUCAUAUCGCUGUUGUUAUUAUGUUUCUUUUUAUUUUUCAUUAAGUCUUGGGUCUUCAGAAACAGCCUCUCAACCUCCAUGAAGUAGGGAUAAGGUCUGCGUACACACUACUGUCCCCAGACCUCACUUGUGGGAUUUCACUGUGUAUGUUGUUGUUAUGAUGUGAUGCUGAAUAUUUUAAGCCUUAGUUUGGUUGAUUUGGCAUGAAACUAGAGAUGAAUCACCCAUACUUCAUUUUCAUGUGUGGUAAUGAAUUACGAAACUUUCUGAGUGGUGCAACUAGUGACUUUCUGUUUAUAAUUUGCUGACAUCAUGUAGAACUUUAAAGUAAGUAUUUUAGAAGGCUUGCUAACAUUUGCUGAUUAGUAGGGGCUUAGAUUUCUAUUCAUCUGGAAUGUGAAGGUGAAGAAUGGGUCAAACUGACGUGUUGAAGUACUAGAGUUGAAAGCCAUUCAAUCUAUUUACAGUGUACUAUGUAACAUCUUAAUCGUGAACAUUGUUGACCACCAUCCCAAAGAAGAAGAAAUGAUGGAAGCAAAGGAAAAAAGUAAAAAUAUUCAUUUCCUUCUCUUCCUACAUUUUGUAACUCGGAAUUGGAAUUUCUGUGAAGGUUCCCUCUUCCCAUAGUGCUGGAAGACAAGCGUGUGUCGUUCCCUGCACUCUCUUUCACUCCCUUGCAAAUAUAUUGUAUCUUCAAAGCUUCAUCAGACAAGAAACGUCAAAGUUGUUGCUUUUCUUAUAACUUCUAGAUAAAAGUUGUCCAACUUCUUGUAGUAUAAAUAUGGUACUAUCAAGAUUGAAGAUCAUAAAUCAAAGAGAAGAUUAUAAAUAUAAACACAAAGUAGAGAACCUUCUGCUAUAUAUUUGAUGGAGAUUGUGGUGUUAAGUUGUUUCAGGUGCUGUAGGAACAAAAACACUUUAGUACAUAUCACACUUUUGGUUUCAUAUCUGGACAUGAGAAAAGCUUGAAAUUCUUGAUGUU